AUGGCAUCUGAACACCAACAUCCCCAGACUGAGGAGGAGAACAGUUGGGGCGGGGAUUUCGAUCCUUUUGCGGAUCCUGAAGAACGGCGGGUGCUGUUCGCUGCAUUUGACUCAUUUAGACAAUAUCGGCGAAAUGCACACAAGAAUACGACUCAUCGUCGACGGCAAGCCUUUUACGCUCUGCCCUCGGAACACUGGCAGAUGCUCUCAGAGCCUCCGUUCUCCAUCCUUGACAACUUCAACAAGGUGGACGAUGCCAUUGAUGCCAAUGCGGAGAUAGCCGAUAGGAUUCUUGAGCUAGGUCUCAAGUCUUUUGGUCUUCCGCAAAACCCGGACAAAAGCCGCCCAACUCAGAAUUGGCAUGACGUCGCAACUUCAUCAGAUCUCAACAAAGCGCAUUCGACGAUCCGCCAGUUUUACCGUGACUGGAGCAGCGAAGGGCGAGCGGAGAGAGAAGUUUGUUACGACCCUGUUCUGCAAGAUCUCCACGAUGAAUUCAAGGUACGGCGCGAUCAUGGUGAGGAAAUCCGCGUCCUCGUGCCCGGCGCUGGCCUAGGCCGUCUAGUCUUCGAGAUCUGCAUGGCGGGCUAUGAUGCCGAGGGAAACGAGAUCUCUUACCACCAGCUGCUGGCCAGCAGUUGGAUUUUGAACCAUACCGACGGACCGGCGCAGCAUGCGCUUCAUCCGUUUGCAUUGCAUUUCUCCAAUCUCCGAUCCCGGACACAGCAACUACAGCAAGUGAUGAUCCCUGACGUGCACCCUGGCUUCGCCAUGCAAGAGGCUGCCAAUACCGGCCGUCGCUUGGGCACAAUGUCCAUGUCUGCGGCGGAUUUCACCAUAUUGUAUACCCAGCCCGACAACCAUGAGGCAUUCGAUGCAGUCACUACUGUAUUCUUCAUCGACACGGCGCCAAACCUUAUUCGGUACAUUGAGACGAUCCGACACAGCCUCAAACCCAAUGGGCUCUGGAUCAACGUCGGUCCGCUAUUGUGGCACUUUGACGACGGCCACUCCCGCACACCAAGCGACACCGGACACGAGGGGGCUGGGAUUGGUGAGCCUGGCAAUGUGGAAUUAUCCGAGGAAGAAGUGCUGUGCCUUGUGGAGCGCAUGGGCUUCCGCCUCGAGAAACGUGGUGAUCGGCGGGCUUGCGGCUACAUUCAGGAUCCAGAUAGCAUGCUCCUAAAUAUGUAUCAGCCCUCUCACUGGGUGAUGCGUAAGAUGACCGAGGCUUGA